GUACAGUUUCAAAAUAUUCUCACUUUCUCGGUCAAUGGAGUCAACCUUCUUUGUUUAGUAUAAGUCUGUUUUGCAACUUCUUCAUCCGCAUAGCUCUCUUUAAAGCUCUCUGAUAUUAUUAAUCCUCUCUCCAAUAAUAUAUACUAACUAAUGGAUUCUUCUUCUUCUUUUAUCCUUACCACUGUUGCUGCUGCAAUAGGCUUCUUCACGCUUCUUAGAAAUCUCAGAUGCCAUCAAGAAGAUGACAAAGAAAAUAAUUCUUCUUCUUCUACUUCAUCACCUCCGUCUUCUUCAUCGUCUUUGUCUCCUCCAUCGUCUUUGGAUCGCAUCUGGACACACCAUGUGUUUCCAAGUUUUCGAGGGGAAUAUGUCCGUAGAGACUUUCUUAGUCACAUUCAGAUGGAGUUUCAAAGAAUGGGAAUCACACCAUUCAUUGAUAAUGAGAUCGAGAGAGGACAAUCCAUCGGUCCCGAACUCAUUCGAGCAAUUAGAGAAUCCAAGAUCGCAAUUAUCUUGCUCUCAAGAAACUACGCUUCUUCGAGCUGGUGUCUUGACGAAUUGGCGGAGAUUAUGAAGUGCAGGGACGAAUUGGGUCAAACAGUUUUGGCUGUUUUCUAUAAAGUGGAUCCAUCUGAUGUAAAGAAGCUGACCGGAGAUUUUGGAAAAGUCUUCAAAAAAACAUGUGCCGGUAAAACAAAAGAGCACGUUGGGAGAUGGAGACAAGCUUUGGCAAAUGUCGCCACAAUCGCCGGUUACCAUUCGACCAACUGUGAUCUUCUUUGUUGUUAGGGAUAAUGAAGCGGCCAUGAU